AUGUCGUCGCAGACCAUGACUGCGCCAGCCGUGGGCCAUCGACCGCCUGACCCAGGCCCCGAUAGCCCCAUAUACGACUACGGCUGCUCACCGAACGCUACACCCCCUUCCAACCCUCGAAACGACUCCGCAAUCCGCGACAUGCAGAAGAAUUCUGCCCCGUCAACCCCAAACGGCAUGUCCGCCCCAGACGUCGGAAUCAAGACAGAAUGCUCCGACAGCCAGGACCUUUCUGCCGCGCAACACCAACAAGAUACAAAUACACAGAAUGCUGCCAGCGCGCUGCUGGCCCAACUCCUUGGAAAUCAGUCGGCGCCAAACUCUGCUUCGACAGCGAUGGAUCAACCUGGACAGGGCGAGAAUCACGAUAUGGACAUGGAUAUCAAGAUGGACGACUCGAUACACCACUCCUUCGACAUGGGUCUCCACAAUGCUCCGCCAAUUGAUCCAAACUUACAACAAGAUCCCGCGAUAUCUCGAGAAAUUCAGGAUAUGCUGAACGGGAAAGCUCUGGGCGACGAGCUGAUGGGCGGAAAUUCUGCACACGACAUGAGCCACGCGAACUUUAGCACUGAUGCAAUGGAUACGCUCACAGACCCUUUAAAUCUCAAGCAGGAUGCAGAACAACCCUCUCUCCUGCCACCCUUGGAUUUCACCACCGCCCCGAAAAAUGCCUUCGAAGCCCUCCAUCAAAAUGAAAUGCUCACGGCUGCUUUCUUUUCGCAAAAUCCCGACUUGGCUGCGCUUGGAUACCCGGACGGAGCGGCUUCAAUUGCUGGCUCGGAGCCCAAGAUCCAAGCAUUCGCCAAGUUGGAGUUCGAUGACGGUCAUUUCUACGUGAAUACCUACUCAUUCAUCCUAGGGCGAGACGUGCGCGCAGCUCGCGCCGCCCAUCACCGAGAGUUCCAGUACCGGCAGGCCGUGCGAAGCUCUCGAGCGAAGAGCUCGAGCGGAGGAAACACAGCGCAUACACCAAACCGCAUGAAGCGGGAGGAAAGCGCUGCCAUGAUGGGCAGUGUUGUCAGCGAUCGUGGAGGUAUCAUGGGUUUUGAUCCCGACGUUCCUCCGCACCUUCCGGGCAAUAUCAAUCCAAGCCGCCGGUCCUCAAGGUCUUCAUUUGAUGAAGCUGUUGUACCGCUGCACGCAAACCCGGCUCAAUUACAAUCGACCACCGACUACAAUGCGCUGGCAAUGCAAUCAUUACAGGAUGACAACGGAGAAGCAAAGCCCGUCGAUGCGAUGGCUCUUCUCCCAUCUCCGGACUCCUGCCCCACGAUUCCGAUUCAUCCCCCGACAACCGUCGACGGCAGUGCUGCUGGUCAUCGAGGGAUCUCUCGCAGACAUGUGCGCAUCUCAUACAACUUUGACCGGAACUUGUUUGAAAUGGAAGUCAUGGGACGCAACGGAGCUUUCAUCGGAGCUGAUUGGCUUUCGCCAGGGCAGGUUCGUCCUCUGCACAGCGGUGAUUACAUUCAGAUUGGCGGUGUACGCAUCCGCUUCUUGCUGCCAGACGUUCCUAUUGGCGAGACCGGAGCUGAUAGGAUAGAAGAGAAGGUUGAAGAGGAGGCACAAAAAGAAGAAGUUGAUGACGAUGAUGAUGAUGAGAAAGAUGCCCGUGGCUCAAUUGAAGUGGACGAAGAUAUUGAAGAAUCUGAGAGGCUUGGGAGCGACAGCGGCGAGAGUCGGGAGCCCUCUAGCAAGGCGUCCAGGCUUAUACUCAAAACCAAGGACCCCAAAUCUUCUCAAGCUUUGGAUUCCAUUGAAGAUAACGAUUCCCAGCCUGCACGCCGGCGGGGCCCUGGACGCCCGCCCAAAGAUGGGAUCAUGUCAAAGCGCGAGCGAGCUGAGCUUGCUCGUGAACAGAAAAUCGCGGCUAAGCGCGAGGCCAAUGGAGGUGUUACGCCGCCUCCACUCAAGAUACCGAAGGCCGGGAAAACAGUUGCGAAGGAGUCGGUUGUUCCUGAGUCACCGACGAACAAACCAGCAGAGAAACGGAAAUACACCAAGCGAAAGAAGCUCGAUGGCACGCCAAUGGACUCUCCUAUUCCCUCAACGGAAGGUGGUCAGGUAUCUACAGAGCCACGGCAGGAAGAAUACGUCAAGCCACCACCACUCAAAAAGCGCAAGCCAUCACGGUCACCAUCUCCCAACUAUCCUCCGGAAUCUGCUUACACGCCGGAGGAUCUGGCCAAGCCUCCAUACAACUACGCUGUUCUUAUCUUUGAUGCGCUGACCGAAGCUGGCACGCCAAUGACCUUGAAGCAGAUAUACCGCGCGCUGAAGCUCAAAUAUCCCUACUUUCGCUUCAAGUGUGAGACGGAGGGUUGGACGUCUAGUGUCCGACACAACCUUAACGGCAACGGACAUUUGUUCAUGCACGCAGAACGAGACGGCAAGGGAUGGUCAUGGCAACUUAUCCCAGGCGCAUCAGUCGAGAAGGAGAAGAAGCGACGACCGUCGCCACCUCCUCAAGCCUCUCAUCCUCCCACGCCGGCUCCUCAGCAAUACAUGCCACAAUUGUCUCACUCAUACGCGCCUCCACAAGUUCCGCCACCGAUGCCAAAUCCAUCACAGCACUUCCAAUUCCCAUCUAUCCCGCCUGCACCAUUCCCGGCAUCUCAGCAAAGCCAACCACCACCGGAGCAAUCACCAUUCAUUGAGCGCGCCAACAAGGCCAUUGAUGACUUCGAAGCUGUGCUGAUGGAAGACUACGAGGACAAGAACUACAUACGGGAGGUUCUCCGGAGUGCUCGCGCCCGUGUGUUAGGCGAUGCUCUAGAAAGCUCAUUCCCAGGUGGCGAGCCAAAGGACGAGGCCGUCAUCAUGGAUGUGCUUCGGAAUCUGGUUGGAAGUCUCAAAGAGGAAUGA